GGACACCAUUAGGAUGCCCGGCAACACCUGAGAUCACCCUGGCGACGGCCCGAGAGCGUCACUGACAACCACCCGGAAGUGGCCGCUAGCGCUUCCGGGGCCGCCCAGCGCGCGGCGGGAAAUAAUUUCCCAGAGCCCGGAUUCGGAGAAGUGGCGAGUGCCGCAGCCGCUGACUCCGUCGUCGCUGCCGCCGGAGGGAAGCAGCCCGGACACCCAGGCCGGGAAGAUGGAAGAGGAAUCCCCAAAGCAUAUCAUCCAGAUCACUGGAUUUAAGAUGGAAGAAAAGGAAGCUCUAGGCAAAUUGCUUUUAAAACUAGAUUGCACUUUUAUUAAGAGUGAGAAAUACAAGAACUGUACACAUCUUAUAGCUGAACGACUAUGUAAGAGUGAAAAAUUUUUAGCAGCUUGUGCUGCAGGCAAGUGGGUCCUCACGAAGGACUACAUCAUUCACAGUGCCAAGAGUGGAAGGUGGCUGGACGAAACAACUUACGAAUGGGGUUAUAAGAUUGAAAAAGACUCCCAUUAUUCCCCUCAAAUGCAGUCUGCACCCAAAAGAUGGCGAGAAGAACUGAGACGCACCGGUGCGCCGGGAGCUUUUCACAGAUGGAAAGUGGUCCUGCUUGUCAGAGCCGACAAGAGGAGUGACUCGCUUAUCAGAGUUUUGGAAGCUGGAAAGGCAGAUGUUGUUUUGCCCAAAAGCUCAUCAAGUGGAGUAACCCAUGUGAUUGCCAGUAAUGCAAGAAUCAGUGCUGAGAAAGAAAAAGACAACUUUAAGGCUCCAUUUUAUCCAAUUCAGUAUCUUGGGGAUUUUCUUUUAGAGAAAGAAAUUCAAAAUGAUGAAGAUUCCCAAAUCAGUUCUGUUUGGACCAGAUGUGCUAAUCAAGAAAAAAACAGAGAUUUCGAAAAAGAGAAAGAAUUUCUUGAAAUGAAAGGUGCUUUAAGACAGACCAUCUGUAGAACUCAGAAAGAAGUGGAAAAUCGUGAUGUUAAUAAUAGUUCUGUUUUGACUGAACAUCACAGAAGAGAAAAAUUCAGAGACUCCAGUAAAAGUUUGAAAUAUUUUAAAAUGAAAAAUACCCUAGGAAGGCAUACAUUUGGAAAUCAGAAGAAAAAAAAGAAAAAAGAAGCAGAUAUUCAGCAGAGUUAUUCUUUGAGGAAAAAACGAAAAACAGAAACUGAUUGCAGGAAAGACAUCGAACAUGACAAAAUUAAAAGUACCUUGAGAAACCAUAUGCAUUAUGGCGACCAGGAAAUGAAGAAUUCUUUUUUUGCUGAUUAUGGCAAAGAAUCAAGAGCAAAAGACAGCAGAGCAGAUGCGGAUAUUACUGAAGUAAAAAAUGCCUUAAAGAAGCACAUAUAUAGAGCUCAGGCUGUCAGGUAUAACUGCAUUAGGAUAAAUAAACAACCCAUGUACAAUGCAGAGGUUAAAAAUACUGAAUUUCCCAGAGGUGUAUUAAAUUUAAUUGAAAGUCUCAUAGAAGGGCAGUUCUUUAAAGAAGCAAUAGAGGAGCUUUCCUCCUUGCAAGCACAUUAUAUCCCCCCUGUAUGCCUUCUUCGUGCUCUUCUAGAGAAUGUUCUACAGGAUAACAUAGAUACAUUUUCUGGUCGAUACUUUCAUGUAUUGUCAGCUCUUCUUCAUCUGCAUCCUCCCUGGACGUCCCCAGCCAUGUCCAGAUAUUACUUAGAGUUAUUCCAGUGUCCAACUUGUAUGAAAGGAGCCUGGUCCCUGAUGGAAGUACUUAUCAGAUCUUGCCUUUUCAAUGAAAAUUUUUGUCAUCAGAUUUCCGAAAGUAUCAGUGACUCUAAGGUCCUCUACUUGACACUACUCAAAUUUUUCUUGAAUUUAGUUGAAAGUGAAGUGCGACAUCUGAGUCAAAGGCUGUGUGACUGGUCAGAUGCUGAGAGUCUGAAAAUAACAGGAAAGGCCGUUCUUCUGGAAAUCUUCUGGUCAGGAAGUGAGACUUCUGGACUGCUGACCAGACCAGUGAAUAUGCUUUUAGAAUGGACUAUAUAUUCUCACAAACAAAAAUGCAAGUCUAAUGAUGUCUUCAAACAUGAGCUUGCUUACUUACUGACUGGAAUUCUUGGGGCUGCAAUAGAUUAUUGGAUCGUUCUUGGUCUUAAGAUGGGUAGAAAUGUGAUACGACACAUGUCUGAUGACUUGGGAAGCUAUGUUUCCCUGUCCUGUGACGACUUUUCUUCACAGGAAUUAGAGGUUUUCAUUUGCUCCUUUUCCUCCUCCUGGCUUCAGAUGUUUGUUGCUGAGGCAGUCUUCAAGAAGCUGUGUUUACAAAGCUCCAUCAGUAUUUCCUCAGAGCCCCUCUCUCUUCAGAAAAUGGUAUAUUCCUAUUUGCCAGCUUUGGGAAAAACUGUUGUUUUGCAUGGAAGUGGAAAGAUGCAGAAGCCAAAGAAAAUAGGACAGCGGCCUUGCCUGGAAUCUCAGAGAGCAUUACUGAUGCUGAAUGGUGCUAAACGGAAGCAGGUUGAAGGGCUUUCCGAGUUACCAGAGCGAAACCUUUCUAAAUGUUCCUCAUCAUUAAAAAAGCUGAAAAAGAAGUCAGAAGGGGAACUGUCGUGUUCCAAGGAGAAUUGCCCGUCUUUAGUUACAAAGAUGAAUUUUCAUAAGACUAAUCUGAAAGGAGAAACAGCCCUGCAUAGAGCUUGCAUAAAUAACCAGGUGGAGAAAUUGAUUCUUCUUCUGUCCUUGCCAGGAAUCGACAUCAAUGUUAAAGACAAUGCUGGCUGGACGCCUUUGCAUGAAGCGUGUAACUAUGGCAACACAGUGUGUGUCCAGGAAAUUUUGCAACGUUGUCCAGAGGUAGAUCUGCUCACUCAAGUGGACGGAGUGACUCCUUUGCAUGAUGCACUGUCAAACGGGCACGUGGAAAUUGGCAAGCUGCUACUACAGCAUGGGGGCGCAGUGCUGUUACAACAGAGGAACUCUAAAGGAGAGCUGCCCUUGGAUCACGUGAUAUCCACGCAAGUCAAGGAAGAGCUGUUCGCUGUGACAAAGAUUGAAGACACAGUGGAGAACUUCCACGCCCAGGCAGAGAAACAUUUUCACCACCAGCAACUUGAAUUUGGUUCAUUUUUACUUAGUAGGAUGUUGCUAAACUUUUGUUCAAUUUUUGAUUUGUCUGCAGAGUUCAUGUUAGCUUUCAAAGGGUUAACUCAUCUGAAUGAACUGCUUAUGCCUUAUAAAAGUUAUAAAGAAUCGACCAGUGCUCAUACCGACUGGUUGUUAGAUCUUUAUGCUAGAAACAUAAAGACACUGCAGAAGCUCCCAAAUAUUCUCAAGGAACUUCCUGAGAAUUUGAGAGCAUGUCCUGGAGUACACACCGAGGCCUUAUUGGUGACCUUGGAAAUGAUGUGUCGAUCAGUCACUGAGUUUUCAUGAUCAUGCCAAAAAGUAUGAGGCAAUGUUCUAAAACUACUAAACUUGCUUUGUUGUCUGUUAUGGACUACAUAGCAUAUUAACCAAUAAUUUAUUUAUUGACAGACUGUAUAGCUUUACUAAAUCUUAAAAGCACUUCAAGCACUUCUGCAAAACUAUUAUAGGCAUUUUUUUUUUUUUCCGGUGUGUGGGAUUUGACCCAAAAGUAAAAAUACUUUUGUUUGAUACACUGCUGUUAUUAUCUCUUUAACUUUUUUGUUAUGAAAAUGAUCUUAUUUAUCUAUUUGUUAUGUAUACAAAAUUUUUUUUUUCAAAUCAAAAUGUCCUCUUCUAGGUGACCUAGGUGUUAGAAUCAUGGUAAGGGUAUUCAUACAUAUUGUGUCUAUAAGCGUGUCACUCUGUUUCUUUAUAGAUGUUUGGACUAAAAUAUACAUUUUGAGUUCUGUGUAUUUCUAAAAUAAACAUUUCUAAAAUUUAUGUUAAUACUCUUGGAUUUUAAAUGCAUAGAAUAUACAGUCUAAUGAGUCAGUCAUUUGAAUUUUUUUUUUUAUUUUAACAAUGGCAGUACAAAAUAUAUCACUGCUCCCUGUAACCAGUACCUGUGAGUGAGAACAAGAUUGCAUAACAGCAUUGUAAGUAUUAAGAUUCUAGAUCUCAUUUAAGUAAUAGAUUUGGAACUAUAUAAAAUCUUGCUGUGUGGUAUAAAUUUAGAGUGUAAUGCUUCAGUUUAUAGUUUUUUCCUAAUAGCAGUUUAUAAUAGAGCUGAAAGCGUAUGGAUAUCAGCCUCUUUUGAAAUUGGAGUUGCUUUGCUUUGGGAGUAAGUUACAUUGUGAUACAGCUGGAAAGGAAACAUUAAAACUUCCAUUUAGCUUUUAUGUAACCAAUGUUAGAUCACAUUACAACAAUUAAUCUGAAGAAGUACAAUUAAAUUUUAUCUUGAUAAUCAGCCUUUUGACAAGAUCCAAAUGCUCAGGCAUCAUAUUGCUAGGUUUAUAUAUAAAUUGAAAGUUGAUAUAAUAGUAUGCCAGCCAAGAAUAAAAAUCAAGGUUUUUUUUUUCUUUGCCUGUUUUCUAAUAACAAACUUUCUACACAUUUCUCAGCUAUUGAUUGCUUCUGUUAGGCUUCCAAAUCUAACUUCAUGCACAUACCUUUUUUUUCUUAAUCUGCCGAAGUAUCAAAAAAAAAACAAACGUGAUUUACUGCAAAAUAUCUAAAGGAUUUGAAAAUACUCAGGAAGUGAAAUACUUCCCCAACAGUGAAUAAAAGCAUUGUUAUGCCAGAGCACCUGUGAUAAUUGCUCAGUAAACUAAAGUGAAGAA